GGACGAACUGUUCUCAAUUCACAAACUUUCAAAACAUUUUGCGCGUGGAGCUGUGGGCUGAGUCCAGUUACAUCACCGGCAUAAAAACACAGAUGUGCGCAACGGAGGAGAGGAAACAGCCUGAGAACUGAGCUGAGAACAGGAGCUGAACCCUGAAGUGAAGGUGUGGGGACAGACUGUGGACAUAAUGGACAAACACCCAUUUAAAGAACUCAACAGACCCAGGAGGAGAUGCUUCACCAUGAAGCUGUUCGUCCUGUGUCAUGGCUUCCUGCAGUUUGCCCAGCUGAUGUACAGCGCCUACUUUAAGAGCACCAUCACCACCAUCGAAAGGCGUUUCGGCCUCAGCAGCUCCUCCUCGGCAACCAUUACCGCUUUCCAUGAGAUCAGUAACACCUGUCUGAUAAUAUUCAUGAGCUACUUUGGAAGUCGUGUUCACCGUCCUCGCUUCAUUGGAGUUGGUGGACUUGUGAUGGGCUUCAGCGCCUUAUUCAUGACCUUGCCACACUUUGUAUCCAAACCCUAUGAAUAUGAUUCAGUUUUACACGAUCACCAUGACAUUUGCAGCCCAGUGAGGAACUCAAGUAACAACGCGACCUGUGACAUCGACAAGACGUCACGUCUCUCUGACAGUGAACAUGUGCUGAUCCUCAUGGGCUUUGCUCAGCUAACUUUCGGUAUAGGCACAGUGCCCAUCCAGCCCUUUGGAAUUUCAUACAUUGAUGAUUUUUCAUCCUCUGGCGGCUCCUCUUUAAACAUGGGGCUCAUGUUUGCGUUAUCUGUGUUUGGACCUGCCUUUGGUUUCGUGGUGAGCUCGGGCAUGUUACGGAUCUACGUAGACGUGGACAAAACUGGCUUUGGAGCUGAACAGGAGCUGACGCCCUCUGAUCCUCGCUGGGUUGGCGCCUGGUGGAUCGGGCUGCUGAUAAACGCUGCCAUCUUGUUCAUCACUUCCAUCCCUUUUUUCUACUUCCCUCGCAAGAUGCCGCCAGAAGAAAAUGUGGUCGGACCUGAGAGCAACGUGAAUGAUGAUUUCACAGAUGAUGUCAGUUUUUGCAAGUUUAUAGCAAGGUUUCCCAGAAGACUUCUGAGCUUCCUGCUGAACCCACUCUACAUGCUCAUGGUUCUGGCCCAGUGCUGCUUCUCCUCCGUGGUUGCAGGUCUCUCUACUUUCCUGAACAAGUAUUUGGAGCAACAGUACAGCGUUCCACUGGGCUACAGCAGCCUGCUCGUAGGUCUGGGGAAUCUGCCUGCAGCAGCAGUUGGGAUACUGUUUGGUGGAUUUCUCCUAAAGAUGAACGUCAUCCCUCCCAAGAGGAUCGUGGUGUUCUGUGUUGCUGUGCUGAUGAUCUCCACGGUUAUCUGCAUCCCUCUGUUCUUUCUGGGAUGUCCCAAUCAGAAAGUCACAGAGGUCAAUUAUAACCUGAAUGGGUCCUUAUCCAGGUGUUACUCCAGCUGUUCCUGUCCUGAGAGUGCCUUCAACCCUGUAUGUGGCUCAGAUGGUAUUGAAUAUGUUUCUCCCUGCCAUGCCGGCUGCUCAGGCUUCACCAGAGAUCCCAACAACACCCACAAGGUUCAGAUGUAUACUGACUGCAAAUGUGUGUCUGGAAACCUGACUGAGGCCAAGCCCACUCCCUGUCCGAAGGUCUGCCCUAGUUAUUUAAUAUUCAUCGUCAUCUCUCUCAUCGCUUGUGCAGCACUAGUCGGCAACUUCGCCUACGUCCCCAUGUACAAAAUCUUGCUGAGUCAUUCUCUUCAUGAAGAAAAGCCAUUUGCCCUUGGAAUUCAAUUUUUAGUGAUAAGAAUGCUCGCCUGGAUACCUGCCCCUGUGGUCUUUGGGAAGGUCAUCGAUUUAUCCUGCACCUGGUGGAAGCGUAUGUGUGGAAAGAAGCGGAGCUGUGCUUACUACGACAACUACCUCUUCAGAAACCGGUACAUUGGGCUACAGGUGGGCUAUAAGCUCUUGGGCAUCACAAUGCUGCUUCUGUAUAUAUGGAAGUCAAAGGGGAGGCGGGAGUACAAUCUGAGGAGAGAUGGAGAACUAAUGCAACAUCAGGAGGAUGGCGUGGACAUAAGAAAUGGAGAGCUGAGGCAGAAUCACGAGGGCAGUCUGGAGAGGAAAAAUGGAGGCAUGAUGCAUAGUCUGGAGAACAGUGCUGAGAGGAAGAACGGAGAUGUACUGUGAAACAGCAGAUUCUUCUCACUGUCCGACAGUUUGCACAUUUCAGAGGCCGACUUUCCUACUCACUGGAGUUGGGAUGUGAAUCUUUACCCCUCCCCACUCUGAUGUGUACAAUGGUAUGAUUUUGUGCAGGGGUGUCCAACUCUUUUUAGUUCAGGGGCCAUGCAGCCAUAUUUGAUCUGAAGCAGGCCAAAUAGGCAUAAUAUUGUUAAAAUCUGGAUAAUGGUGAAUGGAUAAUUUGUAAAUAUAAACAUUUUCAUCAUGUAAUUUCACUUGUUUCACACUUAAAAAAAGAGAGAAAUUUGAAGUGGUCAUCAUUUAUAUGUUAUUAUGCUAUUAUUUUACUAUCUGAACCAGUUGAUAAAAUUGUUAUGCACGUGAUCUCUGAACUAAAAUGACCCUUGACUGUUAACAUCUUAAGUGUAAUUUUUGCACUUAACUAAUUCAUCCUGUGGACUGAAUUUGACCCUCUGGUGGGCCAGUUUUUGCCACAUAUUUGACACCCCUGGUUUUGUGGCUGUUAGUGCUCAAUAUGUAUUGUCAAACAUUGUCUCUCUAUGAGGAACCUCACAACAUUGGUUACAAAACAAGUCUGACAGAUGAUCAACAACAGAUCUUUAUGCUUGUUCCUAUAUGAAAUGAAUAACUUCUACUUGCUAUUACAAUGGGAACAAUCUAAUUAUCUGCAUAGCUUAAUAUUUAAGUUUAUUUUUAUAUGGAUUUGUCUCAUACAAAGAGACAUUUUUAUCUGCAAUGUUCACUUCAUUUUAUAGAAAGAGAAUAUAUUCUCUUGUGUGUGUGUGUGUGUGUGUGUGUGUGUGUGUGUGUGUGUGUGUGUGUGUGUGUAACACUUUGACUGCAAUGUUCACAGAUUGUAAUUGACCACCAAUAUUAUAUGUCUACUGGUGGCCAUAAAUACUGUAAAUGUUUAUAUCUAUUUCAGUUUACAGUACCUUUUUUAAAACUAUUUAUGUGGUGCCUUUACCAAAUAAAAUGUCUUCAAACAUA